AUGGGUAUUCCUGUAAUUGUUUCUCAAAAACCAAAACACAUCCAAAAGUCAUGUAGCUACUGUCAAACCCUGCUCGAGUUUCCAAUACCUCCAACACUGAAUGAGUCGACAAAAUUAUCAGUCCAGUGUUACUCUUGCGAAAAAAUUUGUAACUUUGACGCAAACCCUGAUGCACCCAAAGUCACCACUGCCAACGGUUCAAGGCCUAAUUCGAAUAAUGCAAGUGGUAAUAAGAAGCCAAGAAGGCAUUUCGGGACAGACAAGGAACCUCUAGAAACUGAUCUCUAUGAAACACUUGGUGUUUCACCAACUGCCUCUUACAGCGAGAUCAAAAAACAAUAUUAUAAACUUGCACUGCAGUUCCACCCCGACAAAAAUAAAUCACCUGAUGCCGAACAAGAAUUCAAAAGAAUAUCGGAUGCAUAUCAAAUACUGUCAAACCCCGAAUUGAGGAGAAAGUAUAAUGAGUUUGGUGAUAAAAAUAAUGUCGAACCGGAAGGAGGUUUUGUGAACCCGGAAGAUUUCUUUAAACAACAGUUUGGUGGCGAUCGCUUUGUCGAUAUAAUUGGAGAGAUAUCAAUUGGUAGGGAUAUGAAAGAGGUUUUGCAAAACGCAGCAGCGGAAGAAGACGGAGAAAUGACAGAAGAAGAUAAAUUACGAAGAGAAUCAAAUAAAAUGAAUGAGGAGGAGCGCGAGAAAGUUCGAAAACAACGUAUCGAUAAAUUGACAUCAAACCUAAUAAACAAACUGUCAAUGUAUGUUGAAGGAGCUUCCGCGGAAGAGUUUAAGCCCUAUAUUGAAUUUGAAGCAGAGGAGCUCAAGGCUGAGUCCUAUGGUGUAGAACUAUUGCACGCCAUCGGUUUUACCUAUUCCCUGAAAGCAAAGCAGUAUUUAGGUUCCGAACAGAUUUUUGGUCUACCACGGUUCGGUCAUAUUCUUAGGGAGAAGGGUCAUGUGUUUACCGAAACUAUUUCGACCUUGCGAUCAGCAAUCGAUUUACAGCAAUCUUUCAAGGAGUUGCAAAAAGCUGAGCAAGGAGGAUUGGAUGCACAAGAGAAAAGUAAAUUGGAAGAGGCAACGGCAACCAAGGUUAAUACUAUAUAA